CCUAGAUACAUUAAGUCAAAGUUACAAAUAGCAAUAGUUUAAAUCUUAUCUAUAAACAGUAUAAAUAAUUUAAUGGAGACUGAAAAAAACUGGUAUUUGGUCGGUUAAGCUGCUACAGUACUCAUCUGUCAGCUUUCGUGUAUUUAUCAGCCUCAGGAGUCCUCACACCCAGCGCCAAGGAGACCUGAAGUCUCUGAGCUCCCCUUCUUUCAUUCGGCACUUCUCUCUUUCGAUUUUUCCUUCUUUUUUUUUUUACCUUUCCCCUAAUUUCUCUCUGUUCUUCCGGAUCUUUAAAGAGUAUGCAGAACUUGGACAAGAACUGCAGGGUUUGCAUGGAGUGGCAAGAGCAUUACUACUGGAGCCACAUGGCCGAUGACCAGAAGCACUUCUUCAAGCCUAUGGUUGGGGACUUCACUGAAACCAUGAGCAUACCUGGCAGAUUCGCCAACAAUUUCAACGGCCACAUCUCGGAGGUCGUCAGUUUGAAGCCCCCAAGUGGCAAAACAUGGAGCAUUGGAGUAGGCAACAAUGCUAAUGACGAGGUAAUGCUCCAGUCCGGCUGGAAGGAGUUCGUCAGUGCUCACGGCAUCGAGGAAGGAGACUACCUGCUCUUCAAGUACAGUGGAGUGUCCUCCUUUGACGUCCUGAUGUUCGAUUCAAGCGGCUGCGAGAAAACAUGGCCCCAUUUUGCCAAAAACCAUGGAUGUGAAAGGAUCGAGGGCUCUUCAGGCGUCGAAGGAGCGCGGCACGGCUACCACAAAUCCAAGGGAGGGAAAUACCGCACACCACAGUUGCUGCCAAGCGACGAGGAGGACGAGGACGAUGACGGUGACCUGGAGUUGGCAGUUCAGAGAAACACCAGCCGGAGCAUCCCCAAACCAUGCAAACGCAAACUUUACCGUGAUAUUGAACAAGUUCAUUGCCAAGUCAAAAAUGAUGAAGACGAUCUUGAGCUAGAUCAUGAGAGCGACGUGCCGGCCAAGACCGGGUACUACUUCUGCAAGAAUGGCCCGGUGAGCGGGUACCAUCUGACGGAGGAAGAGAGGGAGGAGAUAUCAGGCGUCCCAAUCCCGGCCCAGCCGACGAACCCGGUGUUCGUGCAGGUGAUGCACCCCAGCCAUGUCCGCGGCAAGAAAUCCGGUGUCGUAGCCAUUUCUUCAGAGUUUGCGGCGAAGUACCUGGGAGCGACCCGCGGGGAGAUCAUCCUCCAGAGGGUCGGCGGCAAGGGGAAGUGGCACGUCCGCUACAGCUGCAACCGGUUCAGCCGUGGCCUCACCGGCCGCGGCUGGUGCGGCUUCGUCGGCGACAACGGCCUCCUCGACCACGACGUCUGCCUCUUCGAGCUGAUCACGGGCAUGCGGCGCCCGACCAUGAACGUGCACGUCCUUCGCAAGCUGCGCGGCCGCUUCGUCCUCCUGCGCUGA